GAGAAGACUGCUCCACAUCGUGACCCGCGGUAUGAAACCAUACUUGCGACCAAAGGAGGCUGCAUGAACAACUCCUCCCAAGGCAUAGAAGCAAGCAAGUCCAUCAUAAAGAUGUUGCUUGAGACGUAUCAAGCCAAUCCACGCAGUUCUCUUAUCUCGCGAAGAUAUCUUCGAGGCUACCCGUCGCAUGGUUGCAGAGCAGCGCGUGUUACCGUCACUCGCGACAUCACUUCGCUGAUCGUCUCAUGCGCAGAGCUUCUUGCUACCUACCACGCUACGGAGCCCGGAUGCUUGAUCGGAAGCAUGAACGAGGGGUGGAGUAACUCUAUUCCGCUUACCGACAUCCGCCCGCAA